GCGUCACAUGACAGUUGAGCGCCAGUUCCUGCUUACGGGUGCGCAUGCGUGGGAGCCACUAAGUCUUCCGGUUUAUAAAACCACAACACAUGAACACAAGACUGCGCAUUUAUCACUCUUCAUCAUUUGUACAUGACACUAAAGAUACAGAAGCUGACAAGUGUGGAGACAAAUAAGAUUUUGAAUGACCGUUGAUGUAAACAUGAGAGGCCAUAGUUGAACCAAGUCUACACAUCUCAUCAUGGACAGGCGUAAUCGCCAUUUCUCCAAGCUGCUUUCUAUCAGAACAUGGAUAAAAGUGAGUCCUGCCCUGGCAAAAUGCCUCCUGGUUGGACCAGAGACGUCAGGCAGCGACAGACAGGCAAGACCGCAGGCAAACUAGAUGUCUAUGUCAUGAGCCCACAAGGCCAGAAGUUUCGGUCAAGAUCUUCUCUGAAAGCAUUCCUUAUGAAAAAUGGUGAAGACAUCGACAUCAAUCUCUUUGAUUUCACAUCAACCAAAAAAGAAGUCACCUCUUUGCAAAAAAAGAGAAAAAAGAAAACGCGCACAAGAGGUGGACAGAAGGACACAAGACAAACACUGGAUCUUGUUGAUGGUGACAUUGUGAAGGACGAUCCUAAAGAAGCAAUGUGGGAGUGCAAUGACUCAGGUGACAGGAGUCUGCACACCAGCUGGAGGCAAGCGGAACCUACAUCAGUGUAUGAUGAUGAUGUCACGCUGCAGAAGAGCCCUUUGAGGGAGGGGCUGCUGAGGGCGAAGCUUCUCAGACUGGAUCCUCUUGGAGAUUCACAAGAAAAUGAGACCGUUUUACCAUCUCUGAAUGUUGAACCUCCCACUGAGGAUGAAGAUGAGCUGCGGAUCGACACAGUAGAUAACGCACCCAAGCCUGGACUGGAGGCUGACAAACAUCAAGAGGUGCAAAAGAAAUAUGUGUCACUGCAAAAGUCCAAGAAAAAGGUCAAAAGUUCAGAAGACAAACCCAAAACAAGCCCUUAUUUCAGCAGGAAUCGUUUUGCAGACGAUGUCAGUCCUCCUCGCAGAAAAGCCUUCAAGAAGUGGACACCUCCUCGUUCUCCUUUCAACCUCGUACAAGAAACCCUCUUCCAUGACCCGUGGAAGCUCCUGGUGGCCACCAUUUUUCUGAACAAGACAAGUGAGGUGGCCCGCCAGGCCGAUUGGAAACCCUUAUCUGAACUCCUCAAGCCACUCGGCCUGUUUGAGAUCCGGGCCAAAAUAAUCAUCAGGUUCUCAGAUGAAUAUCUAAGCAAACAAUGGCGAUACCCCAUCGAGUUGCACGGCAUUGGGAAAUACGGCAAUGACUCCUACAGAAUCUUCUGUGUGGACGAAUGGAGACAGGUGACACCUACAGAUCACAAAUUGAACAAAUACCAUGCCUGGCUUUGGGAGAACCAUGAGACUCUUGGAAUUUGAAGAGCGGUAUCCAGAGGCAGACCUUCACUGUUUAUCAUGAAUACAUCAGCCUUACUUUAGCAUUAUGUAAUACUUUUAAGAUGUCAUUUAAUACAUUUAUAUGGUUAAUAUUUCUCAAAUGGUUCAACUUACGCAGAUUUAUUUAUGUGUGGAACGCAUUUUCUUGAUUUUACAGCAGAAAGCAGGUAUUUGAUAGCAUGUGAGGGGUGGUCUAAAAUGUACUGUAUAUUAUUGACCUUCCAAUAUAUUGAAACACCCUGAUAACAGUUAUACCUAGAAGGGUCUAAUUGUUUUACAAUAUAGUCAAUAUAUACAGUAGAGGAACAAGUAGUUGAUCCUCUGCUUAUUUGCCAGGCCCAAAGACGUUAUUCUUUUUUUUAAUCUAAUUGCACUAUUUUUAUAUUGUAUAUAAGGAGCUGCUUUUAAUCUAAUUGUACAUGGGUAUAGUGACAAUAAAAGUCAUGGUGAAGGGCUAGUCCAGAAUUACAAGGGAGGAACUGGUUAAUAAUCAGAGUCACAAGGUAAAAAAUUAGUAAACACUUUGCUUUGAUGGAUUGACUUCCUGCAGUGCCCACCUGCUCAAAAAGGGCAAGCAACACCUGACUGACCCAGCCAAGCCUUGGAAGACCUCAUGAAGACUUCACCGCAUUGAGGGGCUGGUAAACAGGACUUUAUCCCUGAAAUCUUGGAUGAGAAUUAUGCUGGCCCAAGCCAAAACACUGAAGCUGGGUCGUGGAUGAGUCUUCCAGCAUGACAUUGACCGAAAACAUACUUGUAUACACAGAUCACUCGUGUGUAGAACUUAACAAUUUGAGGGGAGGCCACGUUUUGAAUGAAAAAGCGAAUGUAAAAUGUCAAUAAAUAACAGGGUGCUUCAUAUGAAAUUUUACCACAAACAUAUUCCUAGCCCCUCCCUGCUCCGUCACUGAUUGAAUGUAAUGGCAAAUGUUCCCCGUGGCGCGCAGUGAUUGAACACAGAGUUGUCAGGCACUAAUCUUGUAAAUCAGCUAUGUGAAGUAUCACUUGCAUUUAUUUUUGUUGGGCAAACAGUUGCACUGAACCCCACAUGGUGUUGCUGUAAAAACGCAAAGCUUGAUCAUUUGACUUUGUGGGCCAGACUGCUCUGUUUUAAAUUGAUAUUAAAAAGGGAAUAAUUAGUUUUGUUUAUAUUA